CCCCGCGGGCGGGAGACCCGCGCGGGGGGCCUGAGCUGCGACUACCGGCUCCUCUUCGGCAAGGCCGAGGCUGACGAGAUUUUCCAGCAGCUGGAAGAGGAGGUGGAGUACUUCGAAGGUGAAAUGACGAAAUUGCAUGUGUUUGGCAAGUGGCAUGACAUUCCAAGGAAGCAGGUAACCUAUGGAGACCCUGAGUUAACAUACACUUACUCAGGCGUUACCUUCUCUCCUAAGCCAUGGAUCCCAGUUCUCAACCGUAUCAGAGACCGCGUCGCUUUGGACACAGGACAUACUUUUAAUUUUGUUCUUAUUAACAGAUAUAAAGAUGGUGAGGACCACAUAGGCGAACAUCGAGAUGAUGAGAGAGAACUGGUUCCACGCAGUCCGAUUGCGUCCGUGUCCUUCGGAGCUUGCAGGGACUUUGUUUUCAGGCACUGUGAUUCCAGAGGGAAAAACGCAACGCGCCACAUUAAGCCCAUCAAACUGCAGCUAGCCCAUGGUAGCCUGCUGAUGAUGAAGUACCCCACCAAUGUGUAUUGGUACCACAGCCUGCCCACCCGCAAGAAAGUACUUGCCCCAAGAAUCAACCUCACCUUUCGGAAAGUGAUAACUGUAGCCAAGUGA